AGCUGGCCCACUGGCACUGAGUCACCUGCGGGCCCGUGGGUUUCUUUCUUCUCCUUUGCAUCUGAUUAUUUUGGGAGCUGGAAACUUGGAGCUGCAUCUGAGUCCCGCCCCUUCCAGCCUCCCCUCCUUGCCUUGGGCUCCGAGGAAGAUGGGACCUGCUGAGACUCUGCCACCCCUUCCUAAGGUUAUAGAAGACGCGGUGGGGGCCGGAAGUGCCAUGGGAGAGACGCCAGCCACCGAAGUGCAGUAGCCGAUAUGGUGAUCCGGCUGCCUUGUCCUCCAGAGGUGCCGGGAGAGGAGGGGAGUCUGGUCCAUGCCGACUGGAUUCCUCCCGGGCUGGCUUUGAACUCACCUCCCACGAGAUUUUUCUGUAAAUGAGUGGCUUCUAGGGUCAGAGUGGCAUUUGGAGAGCGAGGCUGGAUUGGCUUAGGCCGACCUGGGCAGGUAGGUGGCUCUGUGCUGGGUGUGGCCCCACGUGGGAGAGAGUGUGUGUGGUCCCCGUGCUGAGGACAGCAGGGGGCCCACAGAGAGCCGAGGAUGCGGGAUUUGGCAGCAGCUCGUCCUAACUGAUGCUGGGCCAGCCCCGGUCCUGAGACGGGUGUUGUGGAAAAGGGACACAAGCACCUGGCCUGAGCAGGGUGAGAGCAGCGCCCGCUCAGACAAGCCCAGGCCCUCUGAGUCCACAGCUCAGACACGGGGCAGAAUGCCGAGGCAGGGAGCGGUCGGAGGGGCAGGCCAAGGAUGGAAGCCAACCCGCCAGCCGGCCGGACAGCACAUCGCUGCUCCCUCUUCCGACAGCCCUGGGCACGAAGGAGACAGCUUUCUACCCAGGAAUGCUGUCACUCGCCCAGGCAGUGCCAGUCAGCAUCUCUGUGUGUUCCCUGCCAAGCUCACGGGUGCGUUUCCUGAGAAGAGCGCCGGCCAGGGCACAGCUUCCCCAUACUCAGGGCCCAGCCAGGGGCCACUGCGCAGCCUGGCCCCCACGAGGCAUGCUCCGGUGCGUGUCAGGCCGAGGGGCGUGGGCCCCCCGCCUCCCCCACACAGCUGGCAGCCUCACGGGCACACCGGGAGUGGCGCUUCCUGGGCUAGAGACAAGCACCAGCCUGCAGUGGGGAGCUCCAGGCCCAGCUGCCCGGAGGAGCGGCACGGCCCACGGGACUGGCCGGGAAGAUCCUUAGUCUUCCCUCUCCUGGUGCCUGAGAGCUCUGCCUACUGAAGGGUAAGGAGAGGAAGAAGAGGAGGCAAGGAAGGCAGCCCCGCGGCAGGCACCAUGUUCCGCAAGAAAAAGAAGAAACGCCCUGAGAUCUCAGCCCCACAGAACUUCCAGCACCGCGUCCACACCUCCUUUGACCCUAAAGAAGGCAAGUUUGUGGGCCUCCCCCCUCAAUGGCAGAACAUCCUGGACACUCUCCGACGCCCCAAGCCCGUGGUGGACCCUUCGCGCAUUACGCCGGUGCAGCUCCAGCCCAUGAAGACUGUGGUGCGGGGCAGCUCUGUGCCCACAGACGGCUACAUCUCGGGGCUGCUCAACGACAUCCAGAAGCUGUCAGUCAUCAGCUCCAACACCCUUCGCGGGCACAGCCCCACCAACCGGCGGCGGGCACAGUCCCUGGGGCUGCUGGGGGAGGAGCACUGGACUGCGGACCCAGACAUGUACCUGCAGAGCCCCCAGUCUGAGCGCACUGACCUCUACCUCAGCUGCAAUGGGGGUGCACCCGCAGGCCGCCGGCAGGUGCCAUGGCCAGAACCACAGAGUCCACGGGUCCCGCCCAAUGGGCUGGCCACCAAGGCACAGUCCCUGGGCCCCGCCGAGUUCCAGGGUGCCACCCAGCGCUGCCUGCAGCUGGGUGCCUGCCUGCAGAGCACCCCACCCGGCACUUCACCCCCGGCAGCCACGGGAAGGCGUGGGGCCAAAGCCGUCAGGCAUGGCUCUGAGGAGGCCCGGCCACAGUCCUGCCUGGUGGGCUCUGCUGCGGGCAGGCCGGGCGGGGAGGGCAGCCCCAGCCCUAAGACUCAGGAGAGCAGCUUGAAGCACAGGCUGUUCCGGAGCAUGUUCCUGUCAACUCCUGCUACAGCCCCUCCGAGCAGCAGCCAGCCAGGCCCCGCACCACAGAGCAAGCCCAACUCCUCAUUCCGGCCACCACAGAAAGACUCCCCCGCAAGCCUGGUGGCCAAGGCCCAGUCCUUGCCCGCAGACCAGCCCAUGGGGACCUUCAGCCCUCUGACCACCUCAGAUACCAGCAGCCCCCAGAAGUCCCUCCGCACAGCCCCAGCUGCCGGCCCUCCUCCAGGCCGGUCUUCCCCUGCUGGUUCCCCCCGCACCCGGCACGCCCAGAUCAGCACCAGCAACCUGUACCUGCCCCAGGACCCCGCAGUAGCCAAGGGUGCCCUGGCCGGUGAGGACACGGGCAUCGUGACACACGAGCAGUUCAAGGCUGCACUCAGGAUGGUGGUGGACCAGGGCGACCCCCGGCUGCUGCUGGACAGCUACGUGAAGAUUGGCGAGGGCUCCACGGGCAUCGUCUGCCUGGCGCGGGAGAAGCACUCGGGCCGCCAGGUGGCCGUCAAGAUGAUGGACCUCAGGAAGCAGCAGCGCAGGGAGCUGCUCUUUAAUGAGGUGGUGAUCAUGCGGGACUACCAGCACCUCAACGUGGUGGAGAUGUACAAGAGCUACCUGGUGGGCGAGGAGCUGUGGGUGCUCAUGGAGUUCCUGCAGGGCGGGGCCCUCACGGACAUCAUCUCCCAAGUCAGGCUGAACGAGGAGCAGAUCGCCACCGUGUGCGAGGCCGUGCUGCAGGCCCUGGCGUACCUGCACGCCCAGGGCGUCAUACACCGGGACAUCAAGAGCGACUCCAUCCUGCUGACCCUGGAUGGCAGGGUGAAACUGUCAGACUUCGGAUUCUGUGCUCAGAUCAGCAAAGAUGUCCCUAAGAGGAAGUCCCUGGUGGGAACGCCCUACUGGAUGGCCCCUGAAGUGAUCUCCAGGUCUCUGUACGCCACUGAGGUUUCCCCAGUGCUGCGAGACUUCCUGGAACGGAUGCUGGUGCGGGACCCCCAGGAGAGAGCCACAGCCCAGGAGCUCCUGGACCAUCCCUUCCUGCUGCAGACUGGGCUCCCCGAGUGCCUGGUCCCCCUGAUCCAGCUCUACCGCAAGCCGACCUCCACCUGCUGAGCCCACCCCGAGUGCGCCUGCCACCUGUGCCCACAGGCAGGGGACACGGGGCAGCCAACUCGCCGCCAGGGCCUGCUUGCCUCAUUCUCUCAGUAUUCUCUCCAAAGAUUGAAUGUGAAACUCCCCCUCCUGCCCCUCUGCCCACUGGGCCAGGCCGGACCUGCCCCUUAGCCUCUCCCCCUCCCAAGAGAGUCCCCAGUUGCCUUUGGGAUGAUGGAGACCCCUUUUUCAGGAUGACCCUUUGUUAUUUGCACAGGGAUAUUUCUAAGAAACACGGAGACCAGCACUUCUGGCCACGACAGCCAACACAGCAGAAAUGGCUGCUGCGUGUUUUUUUUUAAGGCAGCAUCCCAGGCCACCCACGAGGGCAGAGUGCCUGUCUUUACCAGGCUACUUGCUGUUCUCAGCUCCAGUUCCUAACCCUGAUGUUUCGAGAGGGCCAUGGGGGAGGUUUUUAUUACCUAAGUCUAUCUAUCUUCCCUUGUGUCUGACUUCCUGAAGGCACAGUCCCACCUGCACCUGCUUCCCGACCCGCCUGCACUGCCAACACACAACACUCCCAUGCACAGCCUGCUCCGAACUGUGAACAGCCUGCCUGUAGGCCAUGGGAGCAGAAGGGACAUUUGCUGGGUGAAAGAGAAAUACUGGGGGUUGGUGGUAAAGGUGGUGUCACUUUACAGGAUGCAAGUGCUCGUGUGUGUGUGUGUGUGUGUGUGUGUGUGUGUGUGUGUGUGUGUGAAGGUCACCCCGACAGCCUGGUCCCUUCAGUAUGGCUUCCUCAUCCUCUUUCCCACUGAGUUCUGCUCUGAAGAGACCUGCUUCCUUGGCAUGGCUUCCCACCCCUUAAGUCCUGCGUCUCUACCUGACCAGAGAAGAGGUUUGUAUUGAGGCCGACACAUCCGGAGGGCUGGGCAGCUUUCCGAGCUUCUCCCGUACUAUGGAGUCGGAGCCCACGUGUGCAAGGAUGAGGAAAGAAACUUCAUUUUACCUAUUAGCUUCAUCUCAAUCACCAGGACAUCAGGGACCCUUCUUUUCAAAAUCCUGGUCUGGGGGAGGUGAACCAGCUCCCGGGGUUCCAUCAGGUCAAGAGACUGGGCACCCCAUUUGUGAAAACCAUCUGCCUCUCACUGCCUCCUUGGGCACCUGUCUCUUGUCCUCCUUCCUUCCCCACCUUCAGGGCUAUUGUGAGACAGGGAAGCCCAGGGAAGCACUCCAGGUGUCUGGGCCCAAUCUAGAUCAUAUUUUUAGAUUCCUCUGCUCCCUAGUGGCCUGAUUUGGGGCAAAAAAAAGAAAAUUACAAGGACUUUUUUAAAGGUCAGUUUUAAAAACAAAAGCAUCUUCCCUAGAAACUUUUGUGAAUUGUUUGCACUUGUGCCUGUUUUAAAUUAAACUGAGUGUUCAAAACCUCGGA